AUCAGCCAUGGCAGUGCAAGGCUGAAAGUUAUUCAGAUUGUAUUAUACAGAAUGUCCACGUGAUAUUAUAUCACCUGACGAAAUUGGUGUUGGUAUCACAAGUAGUGUAGCGAGCACUUCACAACAUACAGCAUGGAAACAGAACCGCUCCUGCAAAAGGUGGAGGACACUCCUGAAUCUGGAGUAAAGAAAUCUCAGAUCAAGAAUCUCUUGUUUGGCAAUAUGAUAUUAUUCAUAUUAACACUAGGGGAGUCAAUGUUCUCGCCAGUGAUGAGCCAAUAUCUCUACAAACGGGUGACGGAGGACGUGUUCAGUAACCACACGGUGGCGGGGAAAGGCCCGAUGAAUCACAAAUGUUACCUGAACACAUCCAACCCAGACUACAUCCUUCAGGAGAAGGCACAGCAGGUCGCUGCAGCCAAACAAAUGCAGUUUACAAUCAUGAAAAGCAGUCUAGCCGUCAUCGUUAACAUCAUGCUUGGUUCCUAUUCGGACUCAAUUGGUCGCAAGCUCCUCUUUGCUGCACCUCUGACUGGCCACUGUUUGAGAUUUGGAUUUACAGCAGUCAUUAUCUACUGGAAGUUGGAUAUCAAUUCGUUUUUUAUAGCAGAAGGGAUAGACGGCCUAACAGGGGGCUACUAUGCUAUGUUGCUUGCAUCGUACGCCUAUGCUGCUGACAAUACUCCGGCGACAGGUGCUCGAACCAUGGGCAUAGCCUUCGUGGAGUUCUUUCAGAGCUUGGGAUUUGCUGCCUCAUCAACAGCAGCUGGCUUCUUCAUCCAAGACGUGAACUUCUUCUAUCCGACACUGACUGCCACACUUAUCGUUCUCGUGGACAUUAUCCUGGUGGUGACACUGCUGCCUGAGAGAAGGGGGAUUAAAAGAGCGAAGAGCAAUUGGUUUACACCCCUAGAAGGAUGUCGACGAGUAUUCGGAUUUUAUGUUUUGGAGGGCAGUAAACGGAAGCGAAUAUGUUUCAUAUUAGCUAUCUUGAUAUUCGUUUUUACUGCCUUGCCAGGCGUGGGGGCGUCUAAUAUUAACACACUAUUCAAACUGAACCUUCCAUUUUGCUGGACCCCUGAGAAAAUAGGUUACUAUAGUACAAUAAGCUCUGUGGCAAGACAGGUGAUCGGCGUUCCGUUGACGCGACUGUUACAGUGUUGCUGUAUUGAUGAGGUGAUAGGAGUGAUUGGUUCUCUGGCGAUAGGUGCAGCAGACAGCCUACAGUCCAUUGCAAGCACAGACUGGAUGAUGUAUGGACUUGCGGGCAUCCAAACCCCUAGUGCCACCUUGUUCCCAGUUGUUCGCUCCAUCUUGUCCCGGUUGGCUCCAGCCGACAAACAAGGUUCCCUCUUCGCCAGUAUAGCGGUGGUGGAGACGAUGUGCUCGCUGGUGGGGACUCCUAUCUUCAGCAGCAUCUACCAGGACACGGUGGUGGUGUGGAGAGGGAUGGUCUUCAUCUUCUUGGGAGGCACACAUGUUGUCGGUGCUAUUGUUCUUGUGAUCUAUAUAUUCGUGUCAAAACCGAUCAGACAUAACGGCGAUGUUCCGCAGGCUCAGUGCGAUGUUCAGCAGGUUCAACCAGGUGUUCCACGUGUUCAGCGCGUAGUCACAGUGCACAAAGGGACACAGACAGAAGUAACCGGAGAUCCAACAAUGCACGAGCAUGCGCUGUCAGUGGCAGGCCAGGAGGUGGCAGAGAUCACCCAGGCCAGCAUACACGUGCACGUUCAGUCGGCGUAUGGCGAAGAGGAUGGACACUAUAUUAAAACAGAGGAGUAGGUGAUUUUCAUGACGCCGGUAACAGGCUUGCCUACGUCAAACAUGGAAAUAAUCCCAUUUGACCACUGAGCUCAGUGACAGACAUAUAUUAUCCCAAAGUGCUUUCAUAAUAUGUUUGUUAUGCAUGCUACAUUCUGAUGAAUGACUAUUCAAUUAUCUCAAGAAACUCCGUGGGGAACACACACACACACACACACUCAC